CGACUGCUAACACGAAAAAUUCAUCAACUCUAUCAUGGUUGCCUUGGACACAUAAUUUGGAAAGAAGUUGGAAGAAAAUAAUGAAUUCAUAUAUAAAGCGCUCGACCUUCAAGACUUAGCACCAAACUUGAGACGGACUUUUCACUUCGUACUUGCUCUUCCACCGUGUAACCGACAGCUACACCUCUUUGCAGAGAACACCAACACACUACUUCAUUAUAUCAACAAGUCAAUCACUAUGUCUCUCAUAAUCAAAUCCACCGGCUCUGGCGUCUAUACCCGCCCUGUUAUAAGCGAGCAAAAGAGCCCGCUCCUUCGCUUGCCUACCGAGCUCCGCUUUCAGAUCUGCAGCUACAUGUCGCUCUCGCCGGACACCGUCGAGUGGAACGGAGCCUUUUUCUCCUGUCGACUACUGCACAACGACAUGAUCAACGAGUUGCGACCAGCACGUGAGAUGCAGAGAUUUCUGCAGGCGGAGACCAUGCGGAUUUCGCUUGAGCCUCAGGCCGUCCAGCCUGAACUUGCAGACUGCCCUCACAAGCUGUCAUAUGGACUCCCCAGCCCGCUCUUUGGCUGGAUCCGUAACGUGACGGUACAUGUGCCUGUAGUGAAUGGUUGGUUGGACACAAUGCACAACGUGUACCCGCUUUACCUUGACGAACUCCGCCUCAUACUCGUCAAGAGCAAAGAGCAGGGGAAUCGCGGGAUCCGACUACCAUAUCAUGACCUCAAGUCAGCGAAUCCUCCAUAUUUGUUGGAUGAAUUUCGCCCUGCCGAGAUCACGGUGAACUGCAAGAAAAUCACGAUGACGCUCGACGUGCCAGCCAACCCUCGGAGGAAGAAGAUUAGCUACGAGCUUCAAGUUCCUCACGCAGAAGUCACGUAUCUCUUCACGAUUGUGCAGACUAAGAAGAGGCAGCAGGUUGAGCGUUCAUAUACGUUCAAGGAUCGCUUUACGCUGCCGGCUUACGACCCGUACAACUUGACAGGGGUCUAAACGGAAUGCUAUGCAGGGGACUAAAUUGUUUCGAGCAGUCAAUUGGUGGUGGUAAUAUUUUUGUCCCUGAUAAGACACUAAACUUUCAGUUUACAGUAAGCUUACGGGUAGUCUGUUCUUGUAAAGUGCGACAGAUCUCAGUUACUUACAGAUACCAUAAAUCCAAGAAAAAAACAUUAGAACAUU